AUGGCUACUCUCGAAUUCGAUACGGACGAUUUCAUUCUAUCAGCCCGCUACGGCGAUCUCGAGGAGAUCAACGCGUACUUCGCCCAAUUCGCAGACCGGAAAGAGGAACUGUUGAAGGCGCAAGAUGAAUAUACUGGAAAUACUGCGCUGCAUAUGGCUGCUGCGAAUGGUCACGUCGACAUUGUAAACGCGUUAAUCCAGGAAAUUGCGGAUAAGAGCCUUCUGAAUAUUCAGAAUGAGAGAGGGAACACUCCUCUGCAUUGGUCAUGUCUCCUUGGCCAUCUCCCAGUUGUCCAAGUCCUCAUCAAGGCCGGCGCGGACUUCUCCUCCAAGAACGACAUGAGCAGGACCCCGAUCUGGGAGGCACAAGCAAAUGACAAGGAGGAGGUCGUCGACUGGAUGCUUCAAAAUACCGAGGUGAAGGAGGAGCCUGCGGCGAAGGACGAGGGUGAGGGCAGUGGCGAGAAGAAGAUGAGGAUCGUUGACGAGGAGGGUGUCGAGCUCGGUGAAGAGGAGUUGCAGGAGAUGGCUGCUGCUGCUGAGAAGAUUAACCUCUCUGUUGAGGAGGUCGAUGACAAGGGAAAGGGAAAGGCUGAGUAG